AUGCUUACUCCAGUUGUUCUCAUUUCUAUGAUACUUUUGGGAGUUGAGUCCCUUGUUGCAAGCCUGGGAAAUGGAUUUAUUAUAGUUGUGAUUUUCAUUGACUGGAUCAAAAGCAGAAAGGUGGCCUCUUGUGAGCUCAUUCUGACCUCCCUGAGUAUCUCCAGGUUUCUCCUACAAUGGAUUGUAAUGCUGAGCAACUUCAUCUAUAUCGUUUUUCCAAGGACUUCUGCACUAGGAUGCAAACAUAAAACAUUCGGAAUCCUGUGGAAUUAUCUAAACAUGGUCAGUCUCUGGUGUGCCACCUGGCUUAGUGUCUUCUACUCUGUAAAGAUUGCCAACUUCACCCAACCCUUCUUUCUGUGGUUGAAGCUGAGAAUUGCUUGGCUGGUGCCAAGGCUGCUCCUGGGGUCCCUGAUGGUUUCCUUGGUCAAUACCAUCCCAUUAGUCUGGAGUGAUGUUGGGGUUGAUCUAUGCAACUCAAGAAAAAGCCCAGAAGGAAACGCAACCUUGAAUGAUGCUAAGAAUAUCCCAUAUCUCUUCUUUAUGCCUAUGGAAAUUGUUGUAUCUGCCAUCCCUUUCAUCAUAUUCUUGUUUUCAUCCAUCCUAUUGCUCAUCUGUCAAUGGAAUCACACCAAGAAAAUGAAAAACAAUGUUACUGGUUUGAAAGAUCUCAGUGUGGCGGCCCAUACCAAUGCCAUGAAAUCUCUGCUCUCCUUCUUUAUCCUUUUCAUUAUAUAUUUUGUGACUAUAAUAGUCGUCAUGACAGACACAAUCAAAUUUCAAAACCCUGCACGUUUACCUUCUGAAGUUCUACUUUCUGCAUAUCCUUCUGGACACCCCAUUGUUUUGGUUCUGACCAAUCCAAAAUUGAAACAGUUGUCAGUGAAGAUUCUGUAUCAAAUCAAAUGCCAACUAAGAGAAGGGACUUAUUAA